UAGUUGGAGAAACUUCAGCCGCUAGGUUUGCGGUGAGCAUCGCAUCCACGACCUGCGAUCGACACCUGUGUGGGGUUGGGCAGGUGACUGCGCUUUGAGCGAUGGGCUGCUCCAGCAGUGCCCUCAACAAAGCGGGCGACAGUAGCAGGUUCGGCAGCGGAGUAACUUCGAAUGAAAAUUCUUCCACCGUAGAACAUAAUAAGUUCUGUGUAGACCAACCUAAGCCAUGUACACCAGGAGGAGAAGCUGCCUUUCAUGGCAACGCACAGAGGGAAAGCCAUCCUUCACUCGAGAGGCCCAAGGCUUCAGUGGUGCCUACAGCCAAUGGUGUUAAAUCCUACCAUCAACCACCUCUGGCAAAUGAUGAGACCCCUGGGAAGGAAGCCAUAAAUCACCCAAGACCCACAAAGAAGAUUGAGCCUCUAGUGCAAGGGGGAGAGUGUGAACUACCUCAGCCAGGAGGCAAAGAUGACAUUCUGGGAACUGAGGAAUUGAAGAAAGAUGUGGAAGCAAGGACAGAGGUCCAGUCUUUAAAAGGAGACGCUGAGAUUAAGCCUCUGGGGAUGUCAUCAGAGAGGGACUGCCCUGGAGUGCCACAGGCUGGGAUGAUGAAGUUUCUACAAACAGCCGAGAACAUUCUGCCUCUGGAAACAGUUCAGGAGCUACCUCCGAAAGAAGCAAUGGGAAAGGGUGCACAGCCCCAGAUUCUAGAAGCAAUUCCCAAAGAGGACAGCUCUCCAGAAACAGAAGGGACCCAGUCUGCAGAAAGCAGCGAAAAGCAGCAACUUUUAGAAGCACAAGGUGACGCUGAGCAGCCCCAAGUUCUAGAAAUAUUACUCAAAGAGAGUGAACUAUCACAGAUGCCAGGCAGAAGCCAGCCCGUGCCAACACCGGUAAUGAGCAAGUCACCCUGUGAAGCUCCUGAUGGUAUCGGAAAUGCCCAUGAACCUCAACCUCGAGUAACAGGUGGAAACAGGGUACAGCCAGCGGGAACUGGAGAGGCAGCAGCAAAGGUGGAAAUGGCCAGAGAAAUCCACCCUGAUAAAGAGGAACAACACAUUGAAGGUGAGACAGGAGAAAAGGUGGAAGCAGAGAUGAAAAAUGAGAAAGAAAGUGAAGAAGCUGAAACUAAAGAGAAAGAAACAGGAGAAGCUGUGGACCUUGGAGCAGCAGGGGCUGAUGACAGAAGGGCUUAGUGUGCAGUGUUACACCAGAGGGCAGUGAUAUUUGAGGCUGGGAGGGCGGGCACCACCUUUCUGUAGCUUUGUGGUUCAUGCAAGAAGUGUAGCUUUAAAAUGACUACAGAACCAAGAGAACAAUGCUGUGUUUUUUGUUUUUUU